AUGAUGGGCGGUCGCAAGAUGCACCCGAUCAGUCAUCGAGUUCCCCCACAGACGGCGAUGGACGAGAAGUUCAUCGAGCAGAUCUGGGAACGGCUCCGCUCGUCUAUCCGUGAGAUCCAGAACAAGCGCAGCAACGGGCUCUCCUUCGAGGAGCUCUACCGCAACGCAUACAACAUGGUGCUGCACAAGAACGGGCAAAAGUUGUACCAGGGCCUUCGCGAGGUGAUCGUCGAACACCUCCGCGUCGUGGUCCGUGAACCGUUCGCCUCGACGUCGACGGUGCUGAAGGGGAUGCGGGCGGCCUGGCAUGAACAUUUAACGGCCAUGAAGAUGAUCCGCGACAUCCUGAUGUACGUCGACCGUGUGUAUGUGCCGAACAACAACGUCGAGCCGGUGUACAACCUCGGGCUGUCCGUCUUUCGAGAUGAGGUGGUGCGGUACAACGGCGUCAACGAGCGGAUGCGCCGCGAACUGCUCGACAUGGUGGAGGGCGAACGGCACGGGGACACCAUUGAUUGGCUGCUGGUCAAGGACAUUUGCGCGCUGCUGGCCGCCAUCGACGUCUACAGCGCCGAAUUCGAGCUGCCGUUCCUCGACGAGACGACUACUUUCUACAGGCAAGUGGGCCGUCAGCUUCUCUCCAACAACCCGGCCACCAUCUACGUGCGAAAGGUUGAGCAGUACAUCACGGAGGAGACUGACCGUGCCCUGCGCUACCUGGAGCCCAGCACUCGCGAGAAAUUGCUCGAGGUGGUCGACAACGAGCUGAUCACCGCCCACCUGCAGGAGCUCGUCGAGAUGGAGGGGUCGGGCGUGGUGGCACUGCUCAACGACAGCCGCUUCGACGAGCUGCUCGCCAUGUUCAAGCUCAUCAAGCGCGUCCCCACCGGGCCAGCGAGCUUCUGCCGGGCGGUGACGACGUGGGUGCGACAGCGCGGCGAGAACAUUGCCGACCCCCAGUCCCAAUCCGCCGACAUCAAGGCGUCACCCGUCGUCUACAUCACGAAACUGAUGGAACUGAAGCAGCAGUGCGAUCAGCUGCUCCACCGCUCGUUCGAGGAUGACGCGACGUUCAAGAACAAGAUCCACUCCGAGUUCGAGACGUUCAUCAACAAGAACAGCCAUUCCCCCGAGCACCUCGUCACCUACAUUGACGACAAGCUGAAGAAGGGUGCCCGUGUCCUCGACGAUGCCGAAAUUGACGUGGCCAUCCAGAAGGCGAUGGAAAUCUUCCGAUUCAUCAACGACAAGGACGUUUUCGAGCACUACUACAAACGCUCGCUGGCCCGCCGCCUGCUGAUGGACCGGAGCGCGUCGAACGAUUUUGAGAAACUGAUGGUGGGCCGUCUGAAGACGGAGUGCGGCUACCAGUACACGCAGAAGCUGGAGCUGAUGUUCAAGGAUCGUGAACUGUGGCACACGAUGCAGAGCCAGUUCCGCGAUUUCCUCAACGAUCACAAUUGUGAUCGUCGUCUCCACGACCUGCAGAUUCGUGUGCUCACCUCGGGGGCAUGGUCGGCCCAGCAGGCCACCCAAGGAUUGCCGUGUCGACUUCCACCGCUGGCCGAGCAGUCAUUCCGCAUCUUUCAGGACUUUUACUCAAAGCAACACAACGGGCGCAAGCUGGCGCUCUCGCCGAAUUUGGGCAACGCCGAACUGAAGGCCAUCUUCUACUCGACGCAGCCAACUGCCGGCUCGGAUGAGGGAAGCCAAGUGGAGUCGACCACCUCGUACGACGCCACCCCAUUCCAACCAUCCGCCCCCGUCGGCCGCUUCGAGGUGCAGAAGAUCCUGCAAGUGUCCACCUACCAAAUGACCAUCCUCAUGCUCUUCAACUACAAGCCGCUGUACACCUUCGACGAGCUGAUCGAGGCAUCCGGCAUUGGUGAAGAGGACGUGGGCAAGACGGUGCAGAGUCUAUCGAUGGGCAAGCCGACGCAGCGCAUCCUCGUCCGCCAACCGGCCGUCUUCUCGGCCACGCAGCCCGGGCCAAGCACUUCCUCAUCAUCUACCAACCCUCCCACGCGUACCAUCGAUCGACGCGACCAAUUCUUCGUCAACGACGCGUUCACGUCGAAGCUCUUCCGUAUCAAGAUCGCCUCGAUCGUCGACCCGAAGGCCAACAGCACGGCGGCCCGACCCGGCAAAUCCGUCGAGCCCGAGCUGCCCGAUCAGUUGACCGACGACCGGAAGCACGAGGUGGAGUGCGCGGUGGUGCGCGUGAUGAAGGCCCGGAAGACGCUCGACCACUCGUCUCUCGUCAUGCAGGUGGCCGAACAGGUGGCGAAGCGCUUCAUCCCCACGCCGGCCCUCAUCAAGCAGCGCAUCGAGGCGCUGAUCGAGAGGGACUACUUGGUGCGCGACAACAAAGAUCCCAGGAUAUACAGCUAUGUGUCG